AUGAGCUACACUUUGUCGCCGGGUGCCAUCCCCGAUGUUGAACCACAGGUCGAGGCCCCUGACGAAUGGCGCCAAAAUCUAAGCGUGCGCAUGGUAUGCCCAGACUGCAAGGAAGACCCGCCCAACCUCGUCGAAGAUCCUCAAGCAGCCGACGUCAUCUGCGAAGACUGCGGUAUGGUCCUCUCGCAACGUGGUAUCGAUCAGCGUGCCGAAUGGCGCACAUUCGCGAACGACGACCAGGGCAACGAUGAUCCCUCCCGUGUUGGUGAGGGCCCCAACCUGUUGUUGAACGGCAGUCAGUUGCAGACCAAUAUUGCCUUUGGCGAUGGCUCGCUGAGAAGCAAGGAGCUACACCGUGCACAAAGCAAGGCCAACGCCGAUAAGGGAAACAAAAACUUGCUCCAAGCAUUCAAGCAAAUCGGUGCUUACUGCGAUUCUUACGAUCUUCCCAACGUCGUUGCCGACGCUGCCAAGCACAUCUUCAAAGACGCAGAGGACUCCAAAAAUUUCAAAGGCAAGUCGACCGAAGCGAUCAUUGCCGGCUGCAUCUUCAUUGCAUGUCGCCGCAACAAAGUCCCUCGUACCUUCCGCGAGAUCUAUGACAUGACACAUGUCUCCAAGAAGGAGAUUGGGAGAACAUUCAAAUUGCUCGAAUCCAUGCUGGCGAAGCAGGAGAGGCAAUCUGGAGGCAAGGCCAAGGUCAUGGGCAACGGUGUUGUCGGCAUGCACGAAGCUUACCAAGGGACUGUUACGACCAAUCCCGACGAGCUUUGCAGUCGUUUCUGUGCUCAGCUUGGUAUGGACUUUGCCACCACCGAAGUCGCCAAGAGUCUCGCUCUGGGAAUGGCCAGUAUUGGUGCUCUUGCAGGACGCUCACCCCUGUCCGGAGCUGCUGCAUGUAUUUACAUGGCCAGCUUGCUCAUGGAUCAAGUCAGGUCUCCCAAGGCCAUCGGAGAAGUUGCAAAAGUUAGUGACAGCACAAUCCGAAGCGCCUACAAGAGCCUGUACGCAGAAAAAGAGACUCUUCUCUCAGAAGACAUUCUCAAGAGAGGCGCCGAUGUGGAGAAGCUCGUCAAGCCCACCAACUAA